CACUCGGCAUGACUUCCUCCCUCACGCCAGACCAGGCGCGUGCGCUCUGGGACGCGGGGUGCUUUGCCGUCUUGACUGGGCUGCCAGAAGGCAGCGAGUACGGCAUCGACGGGGUCUUCAACGCCGUCAAGGCCUUCUCGGGCACAAAGUUCCUCCCGCCCGGGCUGCACAUCCUAACCUGGUCGCCCGCGGCCGCGUCAGGCUCGGCGUCAACACUCCCCUUGCGAUCAGGCUACGUGCACUACUUCAAGCCGCGGGAGCGGGUCGCGCUGGCGUGGGACGCGGCGAGCGAGGAUGUUGGCGCGCCGCGCACCGACGUGAGCGACGCCGAGCUGCAGGGACUGGAUAAGGGCCUCGCGCCGUACCCCUUUGGUCAGCUCGACGUGUGGAAGCGCCUCUCGGGCGCGGUGACGACCAAGAUCGUCACCACCGUUCUGGGUGACGGCCGCGUCGACGGCCUCGCUGGCGCCGAUGGCGAAACGGACGCAGAGGUCGCGCACCUCGCCAAGGCGGCUGGGCCGCUACGUACCCUCAAGUUUCCCGUGUUCGACCUCAAGCGCAGCUGGCGCGACGGCGCAACGGGCGACGAUAGGACCAAGUGGGUCAGCGACAAGAGCGUGCUCUGGGAGAAGGUCGUGGCGGAGGUGGGCGGUGAGUACGGCCCCGCUGCCCUCCUCGGCACGCUACAGCUCGCCUUCAUCCUAGUGCUCAACAUAUGGUCGUACGCCGCGCUGGGGGCGUACCGCCGCCUCCUGACCCUUCUUUGCCGCUCCGCGAGUGCGACGGCGUCGCCCGAGUCGCACGGCGCAGACAAGGCGGCGCGCGAGGUGUCCAUCCAGCUCGUGGCCACACUGGCGGCGCAGCUCGACGCGCUCCCGCUCACCGCGUUCCAGACCGAGCUGCCAGACCUCGACGUCGUGUACCAGGACGAGCUGGAGCACCUCCGCCGUAACCUCGGCCACGCGCUCGGCUCCCCCGGCUGGUGGUCGCUCGCGCCCAAGCUGCGCUCUGCGUGGGCCGGGCUCGAGGCCAGCGCGAAGCGGUUCGGGUGGACUCUUGGCCCGCUGCCUGCGGGCGAUGAGGACUCGGACGAGGAGGACGAGGAGGGCGAGUAUGCGCCGGUCGUUGUGGAGACGUAGGCGCCGUGUGGAGGCGGCGGCGCAGCUUCGCAUGGCGGGAUCUCGGGGGACUCACGAGCCCAACAACCCCACACCCACUAGACC